UAAAUCACUGAGUACUGUUCUGAAAUCAAGCACAGAAAUGAAGUUGCUUCUUACAACAAGUAUCUGAGUUUUUAUAUAUAGUUCUCUGGCAAUCAAGGUCUCUACCAAAUACGCAGAAAUGGGAAGCCAGAGUUACUUGAAGGUUUUGGUUAUUUGUCUCAUAGCAGCAUUACUUGGAUCAACUCAAGCUCAAUUGCAGCUUGGUUUCUAUGCUAAAAGCUGUCCAAAGGCUGAACAAAUCAUUUUCAACUAUGUUGUUGAGCAUGUCCACAGAGUUCCAUCACUAGCAGCUGCCCUCGUUAGACUUCAUUUCCAUGAUUGUUUUGUCCAGGGUUGUGAUGCAUCAGUGCUACUGAACUCAACGAAAAACAACCAGGCUGAAAAGGACUCUAUUCCAAAUCUUACACUUCGAGGCUUUGACUUCAUUGAAGGAAUAAAGAGCCUUGUUGAAGCUGAAUGCCCUGGGGUAGUCUCUUGUGCUGAUGUCUUAGCUUUGAGCGCCAGAGACUCUAUUCAUGCCAUUGGUGGACCCUACUGGAAUGUUCCAACAGGUCGAAGGGAUGGAUUAAUCUCUAGAGCAACAGAUCCAUUAGUUAGCCUUCCUGCUCCAUUCCACAACCUCACCACCCUCUUAUCACGCUUUGCCAAUGUUGGACUUGAUGUAAACGACCUUGUCUUGCUUAAUGGUGCUCACACAAUUGGGAUCGCACAUUGCUCUACAAUUGCAAAUCGUCUAUACAAUUUUACUGGCAAGGGUGACACAGACCCAAAUCUAGACAGUGAAUAUGCAAAAAAUCUAAAGACAUUAAAGUGCAAGAAUAUCAAUGAUAAAACUACACUUAUUGAGCUGGACCCUGGAAGUCGUGAUACAUUUGAUCUUGGCUUUUACAAACAAGUGGUUAAAAGAAGGGGCUUGUUCCAAUCAGAUGCUGCAUUGCUUGAUAGCUCCAUCACAAGGUCUAUUAUCGCCAAACAACUUCAAUCAACUCAAGGAUUCUUUGUGGAGUUUGCCAAGUCCAUAGAGAAAAUGGGUAGAAUCAAUGUCAAGAUUGGAACAGAAGGAGAGAUAAGGAAACAUUGUGCACGAGUGAACAACUAAAACUAUAUGUUGAGUAGGUGCAAUUUGUAUGUCUACUUUUCAACUCAAUUAUUAUUAUUAUUUUUUUUUGUUUA